UAACUCUCCACCGCCCGGUGGAGCGUCACGUGACUGCGUCUCCCCGCCCUCUCACCCCGCUGCUUCUAGGUUCUGGGAAGAUGGCGAAGGUCUCAGAGCUUUACGAUGUCACUUGGGAAGAAAUGCGAGAUAAAAUGAGAAAAUGGAGAGAAGAAAACUCACGAAAUAGUGAGCAAAUUGUAGAAGUUGGAGAAGAAUUAAUUAAUGAAUAUGCUUCUAAGCUAGGAGAUGAUAUUUGGAUCAUAUAUGAACAGGUGAUGAUUGCAGCACUAGACUAUGGUCGGGAUGACUUGGCAUUGUUUUGUCUUCAAGAGCUAAGAAGACAGUUCCCUGGCAGUCACAGAGUCAAGCGAUUAACAGGCAUGAGAUUUGAAGCCAUGGAAAGAUAUGAUGAUGCUGUACAGCUAUAUGAUAGGAUUUUACAAGAAGAUCCAACUAACACUGCUGCAAGAAAGCGUAAGAUUGCCAUUCGAAAAGCCCAGGGGAAAAAUGUGGAGGCCAUUCGGGAACUGAAUGAGUAUCUGGAACAAUUUGUUGGAGACCAAGAAGCCUGGCAUGAACUUGCAGAACUUUACAUCAAUGAACAUGACUAUGCAAAAGCAGCCUUUUGUUUAGAGGAACUAAUGAUGACUAAUCCACACAACCACUUAUACUGUCAGCAGUUUGCUGAAGUUAAAUAUACCCAAGGUGGACUUGAAAACCUCGAACUUUCAAGAAAGUAUUUUGCACAGGCAUUGAAACUGAACAACAGAAAUAUGAGAGCUUUGUUUGGGCUUUAUAUGUCGGCAAGUCAUAUUGCUUCUAAUCCAAAAGCAAGUGCAAAAACGAAAAAGGACAACAUGAAAUAUGCUAGUUGGGCAGCUAGUCAAAUAAACAGAGCUUAUCAGUUUGCAGGUCGAAGUAAGAAGGAAACCAAAUAUUCUCUUAAGGCUGUCGAAGACAUGUUGGAAACAUUGCAGAUCACCCAGUCUUAAGGUUUCAAAAACUCUUUGACAUUAGAUUUCACAACUGCACAAUUGAACUUAUUGGCCUGUAACUUAUUUACUAAAUGCCCAGUGCUGUUUAUAUACUACAGUAAUUUUCUGUUAAGAAGGCAGUUGUAAAGAAUGUGUUUAUAUAAACCUAAAAAUGCCUUUUACUGCUAAGUGGGAAGAUGGGGGAAAUCCAUGGAAGAGAGAUUUAAGACUUAUUGAUUGUACAUCAGUCUCUUCAUAUCACAUAUAUAUAUAUAUAUAUAUAUAUAUAUAAAAAACUCUAAUGUAGAAUAACCUUGUUAAAUAAACCAUGAUGAUUUAUUAAACUUGCGUAUGAAGAUUCUAACUUCAUUUUGUUAUACUCACAGUGGAUAUAUUGUUUAAGAACUCAGUUUCUAGUUAACUCCUUACUGGUGAUAGCAAAGACACAGCAUAUGUAGCUGACAGAAGCAGAAUAUUUUGACUUUGUUUAUAUUGUCAAAUUUAAUUUUGCUGUGCAUUCCAGUGGACUAUUUGAAUUGUUUUAUCUGCUGUAAUAUCCUUCUGAUGAAUCUUGCUUAAAACAUGUCAUUCUCCAAAGUUCAGCGAUAUUUCUUUGUAAAAUUUUUGUUUUGAUAUAGGACAUAAUUGAGAUUUUUACGUAUAAAAUGCCUUAAGGUAAAUAUGUUACGACACUUAAAGUGAACUUUUAUGCAAGUUAUAUUUAUUGAAUCCUUUAAUAGUAAAUUACAUGAAAGAAUAUUCAAGAAUCAUAUAGAGUAGGGAUUAAGGGGUUUUAGUGGCUGAGUUAUUUUUAAUUUUGAAAAAAUAAGAAAAUUAAAACUAUCCUUAGAAAUGAAAAUAUUAAAAUUUUCCUGUUCUAUCAUUACCUUAGUUAGAAUUUUUUAUUUUUCUCUUUUCUUAAUAAACAACCAUUAGGCUACCUUCAA